AACCUCAAUUUGCAGAAAUCCGACUGAUGACCGAGAAAUUCACAGCUGAUUUGGAUUAAUGUGUCAAAACAAAGAUUUUUCAUGUUUUGUUAAAUUUUUGUAAAAAUGGAUGAUAAUGAUCUCGUAACAUUAGGAAAGUUACAAGAAAGUCAACUAAUUACAAAAUUUUAUAAUUGCCGUAUCCUGCGAAACCAUAAAUUAGUCGAUGAUGAGUUAUAUGUUAGAAAUGGUAAAGUUGUGGACGCAGUAGAGUUAUUUUUCAAAGAGAAACGAGUGGCACACAUAUUUAUAGACUGUAAAGGCGGUAUCAUAGCCCCAGGCCUCAUCGACUUACAAAUAAACGGUGGAUUCGGUUAUGAUUUCUCCUAUUAUGCACACACUGAUAAUGCUAUAAAAGUUGUUUCUAAACAAUUACUGCAAUAUGGAGUUGUAGCUUAUUGUCCAACCGUUGUCACAUCUCCCAGUUAUGUUUAUCACGAUAUUUUAGACAAAAUAAAAAGAACUAAAGGUGGUAAAAAUGGAGCUGCCAUUUUGGGGGUUCAUGUUGAAGGACCUUUUAUCAACAAAGAAAAGAAGGGAGCGCAUCCCGAGAAGUUUAUGAUGGACCAUAAAGGGUCUAUGGUAACCAUUAAGGAAACAUAUGGAGAGGGAUACAAAAAUAUAUCUAUUAUAACUUUAGCACCUGAAAUGAAGUCUUCAGAUUCCAUCAUCAAAAAAUUGAAAGCAGAUGGCAAAAUUGUAUCUUUAGGACAUUCCAUGGCAAAUUUGUUGCAAGGAGAAAAUGCUGUUAAGUGUGGUGCUACAUUAAUAACCCAUUUAUUCAAUGCAAUGUUACCUUUUCAUCAUAGGGAUCCCGGCUUAGUAGGCCUUUUAACUUCAGAUCAGAUCCAGAGCAAAAACUUAUUUUUUGGAAUUAUCUCUGAUGGAAUCCACACACAUCCAUCUGCACUAAGAAUAGCUUAUAAGGUACAUCCAGAGGGUUUGGUGUUGGUGACAGAUGCGUUAUCUGCAUUGGGUCUGAAUGAUGGACGACACAGAAUAGGACAGAUGGAAUUUGAGAUAAGGGGUGGUAUGGCAUUUGUAUCUGGUACAAAUACUCUUUGUGGAAGCGUUGCAAGCAUGCUGGAAUGUGUUAGAUUUUUUAUAAAUGCUACAGGUUGUCCUUGGGAAUAUGCUUUGGAAGCGGGUAGCCUACAUCCUGCUAAAGUUUUAGGAAUUGAUAAACACAAAGGUCACUUGAAUCCAGGAGCUGAUGCCGAUUUUAUAAUUUUAGAUAAUCACCUGCAAUUGAAAUCUACUUGGAUAGCAGGGGAAAAGGUUUAUGAAGCUUUACGUCUCUAGUGUGUGUUCGCGCACUAGAAAACUCUUUUUAUAUAACAAAUAGGAAUCCCUUUAAAACAUAAAUAAUGUCCUUCAGAUUUAUUUGAUUACAAAUGAAAGCACAAGGGUUGUGGCUUAUACAGUUUUUUUUCUCAAUUUGAACUUGAAUUUUGAAAUUUAUUUGUGUUAUAAAAAUAUUUAAUACUCUUUGUUAAUAUGGUUUUUGUAACAACAAAACAAGAUUUUAUAUUUCUUUAACGACCAAUAGGGAUUCAUGUUUGAGGACUACAUUAAAAACAUUUUUACAUAAACAUAAUGUUACUAUUUUAUUGAACUUUUAUGCAAAUAAACAUGAAAAUUAAAGUUAUUUUUAAAUUAAAA